AUGGCGGCUAUCUGCCCAUGGCCGUGCUUGGAUUCUGCUCCAACAAUUAAGGAGACAAAAUUGAAGAAAUCUUUUGCUCAGAUGCUACAAGAUUCGUGUGAAGUUCAGAUCAAGGAGCUCCCUUCGCCUGUGAUCAAAGGUGAUUCGGUUUACAUCAAAAUCACCCAGGAGGAAUAUGAGAAAGGCCUUGCUGAUUGUCGAAGAAACCUUCACGGACGUGUUUUGUGGAAUAAAGGAGAUCGGCCUCUUACAGCGAAAGAUCUGCGCAUAAAACUAUCUGCUUUUUGGAAGACUUCACAUUCUUGGCAGAUGGUCUCGUUGGGUCGCGGAUUUUAUGAGUUCCAUUUUGAUUCCUUUGAAGAUAUGCGUUUGGCUUGGUCCUCCGGCACGGUGAACUUGAAACCGGGUUUAUUGCUGCUGUCGAAAUGGACUAAUGAUUUUAGCACAUCCAGGCCUAGACAAACACAUGCUCAAGUCUGGAUCAGGCUAAUGGAGCUGCCUCAAGAGUAUUGGAGGCAGAGAACUCUCUUUGAAAUAGCAAGUGCGAUGGGUACGCCGUUAACUUUGGAUGAUUCUACUAAACACCGCACUUUUGGUCAUUACGCACGAAUUUUGGUGGAUAUGGACCUUUCUCGUCGCAUAUUUGACGAAGUCGUGGUGGAAAGGGACGGCUUCGCCUUAAAGAUUGAUGUGAUUUACGAAAGCGACUCUUGGGAUGAAGAGAUGGAGAUUGUGGUUGAGCCAAUUGUUACAAAAGAUCAUGCGAAAACCUUUGUUACUAAGCCUGCACAACAAGAAAUUUCGGCUGAAGUAACUUCUAUUACUGUUCACGAUGGCCAAGACCUGCAAAACAAUAACAUUGUUGAUGGCGCGACUGAGAAUGUUGUUAAGCCAAUUGUUACACAGCCUCACACUAAAACUGCACCACAAGAAAUCCUGGCUGAAGCAACAAUUCAUGCUACUGUUCAGGACCUGCAUAAUAAUAACAACAAAUCCAUUGCGGCACAACAGGAAAUCUCGGCUGAAGCAAUUUCUGCUUCUGUUCAUGAUGGCCAAGAACUACAAAACAAUAAUACUAUUGAUGGCGCGACUGAGAAUGUGGUUAAGCCAAUUAUUACACAGUCGCACACUAAAACUGCACACCAAGAAAUACCGGCUGAAUCAACAAUUCAUUAUACUGUUCAAGACCUGCAGAAUAAUAACAAAUUCAUUGUUACUGUACCUGCACAACAAGAAAUAACGGCGGCUGAAACAAUUUCUGAUACUGUUCACGAUGGCCAGGACCCACAAAACAAUAACAAUGUUGACGGCGCGACUGAGAAUGUUGUUAAGCCAAUUGACGAAGUUGUGGAUGGAAAUGUUGAUGAUGCAGAAUUUAUUGCGCCGGAAACUCAACUUACAAGGGUUGUCGAUGAUCAUGAGUUUGAUGAAGUGGUACAAAAUAAUUUGCAAGUGGUAAAGCAACUUUGGGCGGAUAAUGCAGCAGAGAAUGGUUUUACGCCGGUUGUCUCUCGACGUCAGAAAAAAAGGAACAAAGCGAGAAGCGCAGGACAACCUUAUAACACCCGUUCUAAGGGUGCUCCCUCUCACAACAUAGCCUAUGAUUUCUUUUGCACAAGUUCCCUCUUUAAUCUUUGGGGACUUUGGAAUAAUGGAGUCACUUUGCAAUGGGCACAUAUUUAUCGUGAGGGUAACUCGUGCGCCGAUAAAAUUGCCAACUUGGGGCAUGCUUAUAACAACUUGGAAUGGUGGGAGUCAUUACCAUCUUUGCUACGUGAUGACUUCUUGCGGGAUAUGCUUGGAAUCCCUCAGUAUCGUACUAUUUAA